AUGGUUACCUUAGAAGAGCUUCAGAGAAACGUCUACGAUAAGGACAACAUUUCCAAACUUGAAGCCAAGUUCGAGUUGAUUGAACAAACCAGCGAUUCCCGAGUUUCAAUCUACAACGGUAGAUACCCAUUACAGCCUUUCAGGGACGACCAAAGAGGAGUAUACGGAGGUGAGUUCGUGAGUCAGGGUGUCUUAGCUGCCUGGAAGACAUUGUCAGACCCCGAACUCACUCCACAUUCGUUACAUGGCUACUUCGUCAAAGCCGGGUCGAAUAACUCUGUCGUCAGAUGGGAAGUUGAAAAUGUCAGUGACGGAAGAAACUUUGCUAACCGUUUGCUCAGGGCAUUUCAAACACAUACAGAUGUUUUAGUAUUCACCCUUCAAGUGUCUUUUACCAAGAAUAACGACGGUGUCAAGAGAAGGGAGGUGUAUGAAGAACAGCUUGCUAAAGGUGUAGAAAACAUCAGGUCCAUUCCAUUUCUGUUUCAGAAGGUUCCCAACCCUCUUUUCUACCAGUUCAAGGACAAUAUUGAUUCUUUGCCAUCCAUCGAACAUACCCAUGAAUUCAUGACUCAUGCAUUUACUCCAGAUGCUUUCCGUCUGCCAAAAGUUUUGAACCAUGAAACUAUCGGGAGCAGGCAAUUAGGGUUAUUUGCCAAGAUCAACGAGGACCCUUCUCUCGCUACAGACAAGAUCAAGAGCAAGUACACUGCUGCACUCUAUUUGAGUGAUUCCUUGUUUAUCACCUUGGUUAUGUCAGCAGUUGGUGUGGCCAUAUCUGAGGAAGAAAAGAAUUUUUUCAGAGUGAGUCUUGACCACGCUGUGUAUUUCCACGAUCUGAAUUUCGAUGCGAGGGAUUGGUUGUUCAUCGACUUCAAGUUUCCAUCCAUGGGCAACGACAGAGCGUUGGUGUUGUGUAACUUUUAUACCUUGGAUGGGCGUUUGGUUUUCAGUGUUAACCAGGAGUUCUUGUGUUUCUUCCCCAAGAAGAUCAUCGACAAGUCCAACUCAUUGCAUGAGAAAUAUCUUGCUGCCCAGAAUAGCCAGGAGUCAGCCAAGUUGUAA